AUGUCUCUUCCCCUUCCCAGCGACAACCAGCCCUACUGGGAUAUCUCUGCGUUGAUGGCAGGGCAAGUGAAUAUCCCCGCUCACUUCAUGAUAGCGAAUGCUCCCAACCCGUCCGAAAUCAUCGAAGCCCCCGCCCUAGCAUUCCUCCUGCGGAGCCAGUUUCACCCCGACGUCAACAUGAUCUUUGACCUCGGCAUCCGCAAGGACCUGGAAGGCUACCCGCGCCCCGUCUUCGAGCGGAGCGUUCAAUUCUUCAAAGCCAAAGUCGAGCAGGACGCUCUGGAGGCUGUAGAGAAAGGGGGCCUGCGGGCAGACGAUAUCACGCAUAUUUGUCUCUCGCACUGCCAUUGGGAUCAUAUCGGCGAUCCCUCCAAAUUCCCCAAGGCCCAGAUUAUAGUCGGGGGCGAGAGCCGCGACUUGUUCAACCCGGGUUAUCCAGAAGAUCCCAAGUCCUGGUUCGCUUCGGACCUGCUACCACCCGAAAGAACUAUAUUCUUACCACCAACCUCCGAUGCGUCGACCCUUGACACCCAAGUGUGGAAGCCACUCGGACCGCUGCCAUACGCUUACGACUUCUUCGGCGACGGCUCCCUCUAUCUGGUAGCCGCAGGCCCGGGGCAUCUCCCCGGACACAUAAAUGCCCUUGUACGCACGUCUGCGGAUGGCGGGUGGGCGUACCUUGGCGGCGAUUGCGCCCACGACUGGAGACAUAUAACCGGAGAAGCAGAUAUUGCGGAGGGAUCCCAUAGGGAUACCGCACUCGCUAAAGAGCACAUUUCAUACGUGAGGAAGCUGAGGGAAGCAAAUCCGAGGCUGAGGGUAUUACUGGCCCACGAUAAAGGCUGGUACGAGAACGGCGAAGGCGAAGCUGCAUUCUGGCCCGGUAAAGUCAAGUCUGCGUAA